AUGAUUGAAGCUAAAUCAAAAAUUUAAAAGAGAGUUUAAAAAUAUUCCUAUUUCUUAAAUGACAUAAUAGGGGAAGGUUAUUCAUCAUCAGUUUACAAGGGCAUUAAUAUUUAUACCAAUUAAGUUGUUGCUAUUAAGGUUAUAAAUUUCUCCACUUUAACAACUCCUAUUUCCUAAACCCUUUUAAAAAAUGAGAUCACUAUUUUAAAACAAUUAGAUCAUGAGAAUUUGAUGAAAGUUUACGAGAUUUUUGAGACUAAAAAUAACACUUACAUAAUAUGUGAAUAUUGCAAUGAUGGUGAUCUUGCUAAUAUUUUAGAGAAAACCAAUUUUACUUAAACAGAAAUUUUAAGUAUUUUUCUUCAAGUAGCAAAGGGUGUUAAAGCUUUACAUGAUCAAAGUAUAUUCUCUUUAUCAUAAAAUAUUUUAGAAAUUAUCCACAGAGAUAUAAAACCAGCUAAUAUACUGAGAUCUAAUGGAAUUUACAAACUUUCUGAUUUUGGAUUUGCAAUUAUAGAAAAUGAUUUUGAGAGCAUAAUAAAAAGAUUUAGUGUUGGAACGCCAGUUUAUAUGGCACCUGAAACCGUUCAGUUAAAUUGUUAUUCAGAAAAAUCGGAUAUUUGGUCAUUAGGCGUAGUUCUUUACUUAAUGGUAUAUAAGGAAAUCCCUUUUAACCUAAAAAAAGAUGGAGAUCUAUAUGGAAAAUAAUAAAACAUACAUGCCAAAAUUAUAAAUGACAAAUCAUUAAACAAAAAAAUCUAGAAUAUUCUUAUAGGUAUGUUAGAAUUAGAUCAAUAAAAAAGAUUAAGCAUAGAUGCAAUAUUGUCUAUAUUAAAUUAAUAGAAAAAAUUGAAAUGUAAUAACUCUCAUAAGAACAUUCCUUGUAAGAUUUUACGUAGGUAAAGUGGUUAUGACUAAACUACACAUGAUGGUUCUGAUAAUGAUAAUUUUGGAAAUUCAUAAAAAUAUUUAAAAACAUUGCCAGAUGAGUUGCCAGACAUUAAUCAAAAUAUGGAGCCUAUUUCAUUCCGUACUAAUAUUAAUUAGCAUACAUUUGAAUUGAAAUAAAUUUAAUCAAAUCAAUUAUUUAAUGAGCAACCAAAAUUUGACUCAUCACCUCUAGAAAAUAAAGAUAAAUCCAAAAAGUAAAUUCGAAUCACUAUUCCUACAGUUUAGUCAACUUUUACAAAGUUAAAUUCUUAGUCAAAUUAGUAACAAUCUGAAAAUAGUGAUACACAUUAACACAGUAAUCCAAAUAGUACUAAUGACACAAUAAAAAAUAAUCAGAUUUCGAAUUGUUAAUCUUAGAAUUAAAUUAAUUCUAAUUCUCCUUAAAUUGCUCCAAAAAUAAGUAAGGCAAGUACAAUUCGAAAUUAAAGAGUUUCCCCAAUAAACAUUAAUCAAUCUUUAAGAAAUUUGAUUGUUUCACCUUUAAGAUCAAGAAAGAGUCCCACAAUGUGCUCUUUAUCAGAUUUGUAAAAUUUAUAGAUACAUUAAAAUUAACUUCUAUAAAAAAGAGCUGAUUAUGUUAAGUAAAGAGCUAAGACUGAUUUAUCAGUUAAUAAGCCAACUCAUUCAGAAUAGAAGAAAUCAGAAAAAGAUGAAGAAAAAUAAAAAUAAAAAACUGCUUUUGAGUUGUUAGCAGCAACAAUAAGACCAACAUAUAAAUUUUUGAUAUUUUUAAAUUCAGUCUUAAAAAAGUUUGACUCUAUAAACACUGAAGAAAAAUAAAAAUGUUAUUUCUUAUUAAGAAAACUUUUAGCAGUAAAAGCUUUUGCGAUUAAAAAUUAUUGUCCUUCUUAAGCUUAAGAGGAUUUAUAACGUUGGAUUGAUAGCUUUGAAUAAUAUUUUGAAAAAGUUGGAUCUGUAUUUUACAAUCAUCAUGAUAGAAAGUUUAGUCAGUAUUUUAAUAAUAAUCUAGAACAAUUUACAAAAGGAUUUUCUUAAUUACUAUAUACUUAUCUUUAAGAAGUUAAUUAAUAGUUGUUAUCUAAAGAUUUACUAAUAAUUUAGGAAGUAAUCAAUGAAAAUUUAAAAUAAUUUAAUGAUCCAAUUUUAUUUGCUAGAAGGUGGGAGAAUGAUCAAUAAUGA